CGCCCGUAAACUUGGCGUCAAGAUUCCACACAUUCACUGCUCCUCCGGUGCGAAGAACGAUUGCGCCCAUUGACGGCUGAAUCACUUAGGAGUUCCUUCCCAUCUCCAGACAAGAUGCCGCUGUUCCCGAGCUACGACGUGCUGCAGCAGACCUUCGGCAGCCCGUAUGCGCGCCGACGGGCGCAGAACAGCGCCAGCAGCAGCAAGCCCAAUGCGAGCGGCGCCACGCCGUACCAGGCCCGUCUGGACCUGUACCCGGCCUACUCGGUCGUGGACGACGCGAAGAACAAGGCGCAGAAGCUGAGCGCCGAGGCCGCGCGCGAGUUCGAGGCGGCCAGCCAGAAGGCGCAGGAGAAGGCGGGCAAGAUCGAGUUGUACUCGGGCAAGUACUACGCCGUCGCCACGGUGGGCGGCAUGUUGGCCUGUGGCCUCACGCACACGGCGGUCACGCCGCUGGACCUGGUCAAGGUGCGGCGGCAAGUCGACUCGAGCCUGUACAAGGGCAAUUUCCAGGGCUGGUCGAUCAUCUACCGGGCCGAGGGCCUCCGGGGCAUCUUCACGGGCUGGAGCCCGACGCUGUUCGGCUACUCGGCGCAGGGCGCGUUCAAGUACGGGUGGUACGAAUACUUCAAGAAGACGUACUCGGACCUGGCGGGCCCGGAGGCGGCGUACAAGUACAAGACGGGGCUGUACCUGGCGGCGUCGGCGUCGGCCGAGUUCCUGGCGGACAUCGCGCUGUGCCCGUUCGAGGCGGUCAAGGUGCGCAUGCAGGCGACCAUCCCGUCGCAGUACAAGGGCACGGUGGACGGCAUCAGCAAGAUCGCGGCGGCCGAGGGCGUCGGCGGGCUGUACAAGGGCCUCUACCCGCUGUGGGGCCGCCAGAUCCCCUACACCAUGAUGAAGUUCGCCUCGUUCGAGACCAUCGUCGAGAUGAUCUACGACCGGCUCCCCGGCAGCAAGAACGACUACGGCAAAGCCGCGCAGACGGGCGUGUCCUUCGUCGGCGGCUACCUGGCCGGCAUCCUGUGCGCCGUCGUGUCGCACCCGGCCGACGUCAUGGUCAGCAAGCUGAACGCGUACCGCAAGCCCGGCGAGGGCUUCGGCGCCGUCACGUCCAGGAUAUACAAGGACAUCGGCUUCAUGGGCCUGUGGAACGGCCUGGCGGUGCGCAUAGUCAUGAUCGGCACCCUGACCGGGUUGCAGUGGAUGAUCUAUGACUACUUCAAGAUCUUCAUGGGUCUGCCCACGACGGGUGGUCCCGCACCGCCGACGCCGAAGAAGGAGUGAAGCUGCAUAGCGGGGAUAUCAGUUCUUGUUGCGGAGCAUGGAUCGGGUGGGGGUAAGGGCUUAUUGCAGAGCGAACCAGGCCGAGGUUUCUGAUGCUGUUUGCGAUCUGUAGUGUAGUAGUCAUUUCGUUCUGUUUUUCGUCGAUCCAACGGAGAUACAGGAGGAAGAUUUUCUUCUCGUUUGCCAAAGCGCCAGAUUCACACGGCGCCGCGCCCUUAUGGAUGAACGGUCGAAAGUGGGCGGCAGACGUGAUUGCCUAGAUUGGAGGCUCGUAGCUUGUAGCUCAUAUUGCGUGGCUGGUGGAUCGAUCUGUCUGCCUUUCUGCCUUGUGACUUUACGGAGGAUCGAUUACGUGUAUUCCAAGAACUAGCCACCAUUCCUGCGGCGAGCUAAGCGCUGAGGGACCAGCCGUCGCAUAAACAUGAGUACGCGUAUUCCCAAACCCCUGGCGGAAAUGAGAGACACAGCC